UCCGAAUCUAGGAGAGAUGGAGGUUUUAAAAAUAAUUGGAGCUUUGAUCAUGGAGAAGAAAGUGAAGGAGAUACAGAUAAAGAUUAAAUCGUCAAUCUGAAAUUGUUGCUACUGGUUCUGGUGAUUCUUGGAAGAUAUAUGCAAGACGAAACAAGUCUGAAAAUUUUAAACCUUUAAAGGGCAACCCAAUUGGACUUAACAUGUUGAGCAACAAAAAGAAGUUGAGUGAAAAUACACAGAAUGCAUCAUUACGUUCUGGAACUGUUAUUGAUGGUAGAUGUUUUCAUCAUGCUAACGCACAGACACCAGUUGUAAAAACAGCAGCUCAAAGCAGUCUGGACCAAAAGGAAAGGAAAGAAUAUCCACCUCAUGUCCAAAAAUUUGAAAAUAAUCCUGUAAGGUUAAGUUGGCCCCAAGAUGUUGAUCAUAUAAUGAACAAGACAGAAGAAUCUGAAUCAUACUUGGAGUCAGAAAUCAAAAGGAAAGUAUCACAAAAACGUCACAGUACAUAUCAGUCUACUACUCCUGUGUCUCCUGCCUCAAAAAAAUCUUUAUCUGAUUUAGAGGAUUUGCCCAGAAGUUGCAGACAAGCUAUAACUUUGAAUGAAUCAACUGGUCCAUUACUGAGAACAUCAAAUCAUCAGAAUUCUGGAGGACAGAAGUCACAAAACACAGCAUUAACACCCAACAAGUUUUAUGGCAACAGUGUGGGAAAGGUUCCAAUUGAUAUUAUUGUAAACUGUGAUAGACAGAAUUAUUUACAGACUAAUGGGAAAGUCGUUUUACCUAGGGCAAAAGGAGCCAAGACCACAAAUCUAAAAGAAAGGAAAAUAAGCCUGUCAGGCCUAAAUGAUCCAAUCAUUUUGUCCAGUGAUGAUGAUGAUGACAAUGACAGGACUAACAGAAGAGAGAGCAUAUCUCCUCAACCUGCUGACUCAGCAUGUUCUUCCCCAGCACCAUCCACUGGAAAAGUAGAAGCAGCACUAAGUGAAAAUACCGGUAGAGUAGAGCAUGAACUAAGAAGCAUUCCAGCAGAUUCAGAAUUAAAUACAGUUCCGUUGCCAAGAAAAGCAAGAAUGAAAGAUCAGCAAUGGGAAAAAUAUCCUCAGUUUGGUAAUUCUAUUAUCAACACACCUCUAAAACGUCGCAAGGUGAUUGCUCAAGAAACGUUAGUUGAUCCUGUAUCUUUAAGCUGCCCAAGUUCCUAUGGCAGUGUCAUUUUAAACUGUCGAAGUAUACGAGUAGGGACGCUCUUUCGGCUAUUAGUAGAACCUGUAAUUUUUUGUUUAGAUUUUAUCAAGAUACCGCUAGAAGAAGCAGAAGCUGAUCCAGUAGGCUUUACUUUAAAUACCUCUGAUCUAACUAAAUGUGAAUGGUGUAAUGUCCGUAAAUUACCAGUUGUAUUUCUUCAGACAAUACCACCAGUUUAUGAAAAGCUGAGCAUGCUGAUACAAAUGAGUAUGGAUGAUAAAGUUUGGACUCAUUGUAAAAGAAUGCAUAAGUUAACAAAUUUGGAAGAACAGUAUAUAAUUUUAAUUUUUCAAAAUGCCCUUGAUGCUCAAGCAAAUACGGUAUUUGAAAGUAUCGUUACUGAAAUUGGUAUAAAGAAUAAUGUAUCCAAUUUUUUUGCGAAAAUUCCCUUUGACGAAGCCAAUAGCAGACUUGUUGCCUGUACAAAAACCUAUGAAGAAAGGAUCAAAGGAAGUUGCGUGCAAAAAGAAAACAAAAUUAAAAAUGUGCCCCUGGAAUCUAGAAUACAACUUAGAAGCAAACAAUUUCAGUUUUUUGAUGAUGACGAAGAAACUGGAGAGGGUCACACCAUCUUUAUGGGUCCUGUAGAAAAGUUGAUAGUAUAUCCACCACCUCCAGCUAAGGGAGGCAUCUCUGUUACUAAUGAGGACCUGCACUGUCUAAGUGAAGGAGAAUUUUUAAAUGAUGUUAUUAUAGACUUUUAUUUGAAAUAUUUGGUGCUUGAAAAACUGAAGAAAGAAGAUGCUGACCGAAUUCAUAUAUUCAGUUCUUUUUUCUACAAACGCCUUAAUCAGAGAGAAAGGAGAAAUCUCCAUGAAACACCUAAUCUAUCAAUACAGCAAAAGCGGCAUGGGAGAGUAAAAACAUGGACCCGGCAUGUAGAUAUUUUUGAAAAGGACUUUAUUUUUGUACCCCUUAAUGAAGCUGCACACUGGUUUUUGGCUGUUGUUUGUUUCCCUGGUUUGGAAAAACCGAAGUAUGAACCUAAUCCUCAUUACCAUGAAAAUACAACCAUGCAAAGAUGUUCAACUGUAGAGGACAGUUGUAUUUCUUCUCCUUCAGCCAGUGAAAUGGACAGUUGUUCACAAAACUCUUCUGCCAAGCCUAUAAUUAAGAAGAUGCUAAACAAAAAGCAUUGCAUGGCUGUAAUUGAUCCAAGUGCUGAACAGGAAGAAAGUGACUCUCGUUAUCGGAGAAACAUAUGCAGUGCGAAAUGUAGUCUGAAAAAAAUCAAUCAUACUGCAAGUGAAAAUGAAGAAUCAAAUCAAGGAGAAUCUGCAUGCCAGAAAAUUGUUGAUAGGACUACAAGUGAGAAUGGCCUACAGAAUGAAUAUUUAAAUUCUAUGCACCAUACAGAUGGUUUAAGCAAAAUCAGACUAAACUAUAGUGAUGAAUCAGCUGAAGCUAGUAGAUUGCUUGAAGAUGAAUUCAUUGACUUUUCAGAAGAUCAGGAUAACCAGGAUGACAGUAGUGACGAUGGAUUCCUUACCGAUGACAAUUGCAAUUCAGAAAUAGGACAGUGGCAUUUAAAGCCUACUAUCUGUAAACAACCUUGUAUCCUACUGAUGGACUCACUCAGAGGCCCUUCUCGAUCAAAUGUUGUAAAAAUUCUGAGAGAGUAUUUAGAGGUGGAAUGGGAAGUUAAAAAAGGAAGCAAAAGAAGUUUUUCCAAAGAUGUUAUGAAAGGCUCUAAUCCAAAAGUACCCCAACAAAAUAACUUCAGUGAUUGUGGUGUAUACGUAUUGCAGUAUGUAGAGAGCUUUUUUGAGAAUCCAAUCAUCAAUUUUGAACUACCUAUGAAUUUGGCAAACUGGUUCUCUCCCCCAAGAAUGAGAACAAAAAGAGAAGAAAUUCGAAACAUAAUUCUAAAGCUGCAGGAAGAUCAGAGUAAAGAGAAAAAGAAGUAUAAGGACACGUACUCAACAGACACAUCUUUCGAUGAAGGAACAGAACAAAGUAUCGACAGUAUCUCAGAUUGACCAUUUCUGAUUCUUGUCAGUGUUGUCCUGAGAAACAGGUGACUUUCAUCUUUGGGUGCAGACAGUAAAGAACUGAAGUGCUCACUACUCAGAGUGAUUUGAAAAUGUUAAUGCUUGUAUAAAUGUCAUAUAAUUAAUUUCCAAUGGAGUAUGUAUUAAGUUAGUCUGUAAAUAUGUUAAUGAGGCCAAUUUUUCCAGCAUUUAUAAUUAUUUUUUUUUCACUUGUUAGGAAGCUUUUGUUAUGUAUUUUCUGUUAAUAGUACUGAAAACUGCAACUUCUAAACACUAAAUAAAUAUUUAUAGGAGGACAUGAUUAAUUUGA